ACUUCUUCUUCCCUGCACGUGUCUAAACAUCUAGUAUAUUUCUUGUAACCUCAUGUCCACCCAACCAGAGGUGUGUGAUGUGAAAAGAGACCACUAGGCAGGUGUUGAGUUCCAGCCUCGCCCCCUUUUGACUGUAGCUGGGAGGGAAGGAAGGUCUCAAUCUCUGCUCCCCGGAGAAGACUGGCUCGGCUGGUAGAACCAGUCACGAUAGCGAGCCGGCGACAGGGACGUGUUUACUAAAGACACAACAAGGACAGAAAUCUAAUAUCGGACUUGGGCCGAGGGAGACCAGAACAUGUUUUGGGGAUGGUUUGCUGAUGAUAUGCUGACUCAAGACGUGGAUUUGGGCGAAAGCUAAAAAUGGGCAGAUCGCAGUGAUGACUAGUUGCUCACAUUGGCUGGUGACGGGGAGUAAUUUAACACCAGACAGAGAGGCCAUUUAGAAUGGGAGGAGAUAGCAGUGAUAUGUCAGAACUUGACGGAAAGAGUCAAUGGACUGAGGGUGUGUGAGUGAGACAGACGGUCUGUAUUCCAGGUCAUUUCAAAGCUCUCCAAAUCUUCCCAGGACGAUAGCAACAAUUCCACCAUGAAGUAUCCAGCUUUUCUAUUGACUCUUGGUGUUUAAAAAGAGUUAAAUAUCUUCAACACAACCUCAAAUAUCUGAAUAAUUCACCAACCUCCUCCUCCAAGUAACUUAGAACAGCUGCCAUUUGUUGUUUACAUAUCAACAUGUAAUUUUCCACAGUCAAUUCCCUUGUAGUAGAAGGAUAUCUCCAACCGUCGUCAGGCUCCAAUCAUGUCAAACUCUCAAGAGCAGAGCCUCAACGAGAACAUCAUCUUCGCUCCACUGACAGAUUCCAAUCCGGACUUCUUGUACUGCGAGGAGGAGCGCUAUUGUGUGGAAAGCCUAGUGAGCUCCGGUCAUGAGGCUUUCCACACCAAACUCCACCAAGAACAAAUCGGAUCGUUCCUGUCCCCUGGCGAGGUGAACCAGAUCUCCGGCUGGGCCGAGGACUAUCAUCAAAGCGAUGCAAACCAGGAGGAUGGAAAUGGUGAAGUGGAGGUCGGUUCUGAUGGGGAGGACUUCUCUGGACAUUAUUUUCCCACAGAGUCCGACACUCCGGCGCCAUGCUUGGAACUGGGAUGGCCGGAAAAGACAAUCUGGAUGGACAUGGGACAGAUUCACGUCUACACCAACCCUCCUGCAGAGCAGACGCCCACCAUACGGGAAAUCCUCAGGAGUCACCUACAAGGAGCCACUAAGCUGAUUGCUGUUGUUACAGAUAAAUUGUCGGACAGCGCCGUGAUUGGUGACCUCCAAAACGCUGCAUCACGGGGGGUUCCUGUGUACAUCAUCCUCAACAAAAGAUCCGUGGAAGAGAACUGCUUUUUGCACCGGCUUCAACAUCCAAAUAUCAUGGUGCGCAUUCUUGGAGGUAAAACGUACCUGACGCGCGACACUAAGAUGGUGGUCGGAGAACUGAAGGACAACUUUGUGUUGGUGGAUCUGGAGACGGUGAUUUUUGGGAGCUACAGUCUUAGCUGGAGCGAUGCUCACCUGCACCGUCAGCUCGUCACAGUCUUCAGCGGCCGCGUGGUUGAAUCUUUCGAUUGUGAGUUUAGGAUCCUCUACGCUGCCUCGCUCCCAAUCCCGGAAGCGUGGAAAACUGGAAAACCAGCUACCGAGCCCAAAACAUUUAAAAAACUACAGCCAUUGAACAUUAAUAAAGUCGAACUCACAGAGUUCGUCUCUAGUCCUCCACCUCCACCUAUCGACAGGCCCCUGGACUGGGAGGCGAUGGGGGUCAUCCAGAGAUUCCCGGACAGCCCUCUUAGUCCACCUUAUGCUGCUGAGGUGCCCUUUCAUCAUCGACACCUCCUGGACGGUCAUCCGGGAAGAUGGGAGCCUCCCUACAAUGACUUUAACAGCAGACUUGUACAAGGGUAUCCAGAGGACGGCAAGUUUAGUUCAAUGUUUCUGUCAGAUAUAAGGCAUCCAGAAUAUCAAAGACCAAGGCGACAUUACUCUCCAGGAGAUAUGCAUUGCAAUGAGGUGGUGAACAGGCCUCUGCAGAUUCCUGACAGAAUCACGUAUCCUCUACUGAAUGCGGAAAGUGAGGAGAGGUUUCCUGUGUACAAAUCUCGCGCUCACCGAAUGGACAUGACAUCGGAGGAAGAGCUCGGAGCCUCUGGGAGACGAGAGCCUUACCUGAGGAGGGACAGAGUUUUAGGAGAUACGACGAACCCUGAAGGAACCACACAAGCUAAUUUUAAGCCGUCAGAACUGUCACGGAGCAAGACUUUCAGCACUUUGAGCGACAUUCUUAAGCGGGUCAAUGCACGUGCGAGUUCCUCAGGACAGCAGAGGACAGACAACCCGGCGCCAGGCGUCAGCAAAUCCACACUGGACCUCAAUUUACAGCGUUCAGACACGGCAUCAAACGCUCGAACCACCAACUGUGAUAAUCUGCCCCUGACUCCAGCUCUGGCACUUAUGAAAAAGAGAAAUGAUGAGAUUAAAUCGGGACUGUUGAGGAGCAUGCCCAGUGUGUUCACACCGGGACUCAGAACUCCCAACUUUGGCCUGCAGAGGGAGACAUGGAGGUCUCCGUUCAGAAGCCAUAGAAGUGAGGAGGAGCACUGAUCUUAUGCAGGAAACCCCAGACAAUGACAUCAACAGUGUUACAAUAAUUCCCACAUAUUUAAAUAUGUAAAUGUCACUGUAAUAAACAGGGCUGCAGGUAAAAGGGGAUUUUCCUGCUUACAGAGAAUAAAUAUUUAUCAGCAGUGAUGUUACAUUUGAAAAAUAAGGCUAUUAAUACAUGCCUGAUUUAAAUGUGUUAUUGAAAGAUGGGAUGGACUGUCUUUGAAUUUUAAAGGCCAAAUGUGUAUACUGCCUACCGUUUAACAUUUUAACUAGAUUUAUAAAUUAAGAAUUUUAGAGGCUAGCUCGUUUUAUUUAAAUAUGCUGUGUUUAAAGUCAGCAUGAAAUUGUUUGCAGUUCAUUUUACUUUUGUACAUCCAUUGGUCAAAAAAGGAAAGUUGUUUCAGAGGUUAUUCAUUUUGCUGAUUGUUUUUCCCUUUGGAAUAAUAUGCACUGAUGAAUCAUUCAAAAUAAGAU